AGAAAUCCUCUCAUUUUCCUGCUAUUCACUUGUCUAGUUUACCCUCCCUCCCUCUUCAGAAUUUGGUUCAGAGGAAGUCAUGGAGAGCAUCGAUCCUUUCCGCCAUCGACAUCCUUUGGUGCUUGUGGAUCAAGAGCCGGGUGAUCAUGGAAGUCGAAAAGGUUUUUGUUCUGGAUGCAAAAAGGCAGUAGGGGGUUAUUGUGAAGAUUGCGAGAAAGUAGCGGAGGGUUAUUGUUCUGGAUGCGAGGAAGAAUUAGAGGGUUCCAGCUACGGUUGUGGUGAGUGUGGGUUUUUCCUUCAUAAGAAUUGUGCUGAGCUACAAACGGAGAUCAUUAAUCACCCCCUCCACUCCCAGCACCCUCUUACUCUUAGUUGGAAUCAUUAUGCUUUUCGUUUUAUUAGAUGUAGUGUUUGCAGGAAAAGUGUUAGAUUUUUUUAUCGAUGCAAUCGUUGUCAUUUUUACCUUGACCUUAGAUGUGCUAUGCAUCCUCAAUUUGUUGCUCAAGAGUUUCAAAAGCUUCAACAUUUUAGCCACGAUCAUCCUUUGAUGCUUGUUGAAGAUAUUGAAAUUCAAAACAAAGAAGAAGUCUGCUCAGGAUGUAGGGAAAACAUGUACAAGUCAAGUCCAUUCUACUGUUGUCCCAAUUGCAUAUUUCACCUUCACAAGAAAUGUGCAGAGUUGCCUCUUAAGGUCAAUCACCCUGCCCACCGGAAACACCCUCUAAAGCUUUUGGCUAAACCCCCAGCACAUCGAGAGAAAUGUUCUUGUCAUUUGUGCACCAAGUCUUAUGAGGGAUUUGUUUAUUAUUGUUCUGUUU